CCACGGUUCAGCUCUGCUAUUGGUCUCAGUGUCCCGAUAAAUAACACACCACAGCUGCAACACAGUUCAUCUCAAAGCAAGCAAGACGUCCAUGAAGAUGAAGCGCACCAUGGCUGCUACUUCCAUCCUGUUCUUCUUCCUCGCCGGCCUCGCCGCCGCCCACGGCAGCACAGCGGACGACACCACGACCACCACCACCAACACCAUACGCCUCCCGAUCGACGGAGCAGUGGCGGCGCGAAGGAGGACGAGGCCGUGGAAGUGCUGCGACAACAUCGUGAGGCUGCCGGAGAGGAUCAACCCGCCGUUCUGGCAGUGCGACGACGAGCUGGAGCCCGGGCAGUGCUUCCGCCAGUGCGAGGCGUGCCGGGAUCCGCCGGGGCGGCCGUUCCCCGGCCGGCCGCUCAUCUGCGACGACGUCUUCUGGGGCGACGACCCGGGCACCUCGUGCGCGCCGUCGUCGGAGUGGCCGUGGGGCCCGUGCUGCGACAUCGCCGUCUGCACCAAGUCGCUCCCUCCCAUCUGCCACUGCUCCGACGAGGUGGAGUCGUGCGCCGCCGCGUGCGGGCAGUGCGAGAUGGUGGACUCGUGGUCGUGGCGCCCUCUCUUCGUCUGCCGUGACUCCUUCACCGGGGACCCAGGCCCCAGGUGCACACCUGAAAUGCACAACUAAGAAGAGAACUACUUCUCUGUAUAACAAGCAGAGAGGCUCAUCGUACGUAUUCUCUGCUAGCUUGAACAUGUCUCUGUGUUCAUGUACGUGUUGGUAUAUGCAUAGCUUGAACAUGUCUCUUUGUGUUCAUAUACGUGUUGGUAUGUAUGCAUAGCUUGAACAUGUCUCUGUGUUGGUAUGCCAACAUGCAUCUUGUCUUUGUGAUGAUGCAUAAAUAAAUGAAUAAAAGAUAAAUAAGAGAUGAGAUCUACCCAUA